AUGUUAUCCACUCUUUCUUCUUUUUCCUCCUCCUCAUCUUCAUCCUCCGUGUCCCCGUCUCCGUCAUCAUCAUCAUCAACCCCCACACCGACAUCUCUCCCACCUCCACAUUCAUCUGUACCACCGUCAUCACAAACACAAACACCAACAUCAUCACCCCUCCCCUCUUCCUCCUCUCCCUCCUCCCAACCCCCCACCAACCUCGACAAAAUAGCAACCGACCACCCGCUCAUCUACUGGUUCGUCGCGAACGCUAUCAACGUGCACUGUCUCGAUGCGCGGCUCGGGUGCGCGUUUGGGCCGUUUGGGCGGGUGAAGAGGGAGGGUGCGGGUGGGAGGGGUGAUGAGGCUCGGGUUAAGGAGGGUGAUGAGGCUCAGGUUAAGGAUGAGGAUGAGGGAAAUGAUAUGGCGGGGAAGGAAAAGGAUAGGAGCAAGGAUAAAGAUUGA